GCGGAAACUAAAACUGAUGCAACUCCGAAGGAGUGUCUUGGAGCGAUAUGGCAGAAAAUAUAGCGGAGAGGAUAUUAGUAAAUGUGGACAAGAAUGACACAGUUGACACGGAAGAAUUUGCCAAGCUAGUGGGAGUAGAUCACCAGCAAGUCGUUGGAGCAGUGAAGAGUUUGCAGUCACUGGGAAAUGUCGUCAAUUGCGAACAGAAAAAUUAUAAAAAAUGGGAGCUGACGAGUGAGGGACAGUCCGUAGUGGCCGGUGGUAGUCAUGAGGCCGUAGUUUAUCAAGCUGUACCGCCAGAUACUGGUAUUUUACAAGCAGAUCUCAUGAAAUCGGUUCCUAAUGCAAAAAUUGGUUUUAGUAAAGCCAUGUCAGCUGGCUGGAUAAAGAUGGAUAAAAAAGCAGAAGGAGGCCCUCGUGUGUUCAGGAAGACAGACAAAAUAAUAGAUAAAGUACAAGAACAGCUCAAAUUAUUGAGUAUAGGAGACGUUGAUUUAAGUGACAAAGAAAAGGCUGAAUAUAAAAAACGAAAGUUGGUGUCUGAAAUCACUAUCAAGUCUUUCUUGGUAUCCAAAGGCAGCGAGUUCAGUACGCAAGUUAGUAAACUAGAUACCGAUCUAACACCAGAAAUGAUCGCAAGUGGUUCAUGGAAGGAUCGUAAAUUUAAAAGUUAUAACUUUGAUGCCCUGGGUGUUUUACCCGUUGGAGGUCAUCUUCACCCUCUACUCAAAGUACGCACAGAAUUCAGACAGAUAUUUUUAGAAAUGGGAUUCUCAGAAAUGCCUACAAAUAAUUUUGUUGAAAGUUCUUUCUGGAAUUUUGAUGCACUCUUCCAACCACAGCAGCAUCCAGCAAGAGAUGCACACGAUACAUUUUUCAUUCAGGACCCAAUGAAUGCUCAUGAGUUCCCCAUGGAUUAUUUAGAAAGGGUCAAAAAAGUUCAUUCUAAAGGCGGAUAUGGAUCUCAGGGUUAUCAGUAUGAUUGGAAGAUAGAAGAGGCAAGGAAGAAUCUUUUACGAACGCAUACAACAGCGGUUAGUGCCAGAAUGCUGUAUCAGUUAGCACAGAAAAAAAUAGGCUAUUUGGCAAACAUCGGAGUCCCUUCUACAAGGCAUGAUGUUGUGAAUGAAACUAUGAAAAGGAAUGUUACCCUUGCUGAAGAGUGUGAGAAAGAUUACAUUGCAACAACCUAUGAUCUAGCAAUAGCCAAGCCAGCUUGCCAAUUGCAGGGCACUGUGAGACCUAAGUUUGACAAUGUGUUUACUACAUCACCCACCAGAAAGGACUCCGGGGUCUGCCUUGAGGGUAUUUGUGAUUUAUGGAACUAUAAAAUGUGGCUGAAGGCUGAAGGCAUGCGAUCUAAGGCUGGUAGAGAUCGCGGAAAGAGGGGGAAAUCUCUUACUGCGGCUAGCGCCAGUGUGUCGAAUUCUAUGAGUGAGAAAUCUUUCCCUACGCUUGGUAGUCAAUGCGAGGCUCACCUCCGGUCGACAUCCAAGAAUUUGGGAGAGUUGUCACUAUCUGGCUCCCUGCUCGAGGUGACGGGGUCGAUGAUUGAGACAAGACCUGCCAGAACAGUUUACCGAUGGAGAAUCUAA